UUAUUUUUAUUUUUUUAUCUUCAAUCUAUCUAUUUUAUGAUGGGUAAAAAGCAGUCUAGCAGAAAAAAAUCAUAUGUAUAAACAUCUGGAAAAUCUCCUCUCUUUAUGUUUGUAAAAAAUCUCUUACUAUGCUCCCUUCUAUAAAAGAUGAGUAUAAGAUAAAGCAGCAGUUUGAAAGCAAUAACCUUCUCAGGCUACUCUGUCACUUUGAAGCUUGUGUUUUGACUUGAUUUCCGCUGGCUUACAGUGUGAGUGAGUAGCUGUGUACAUCCCUAAGUAUGCUACAGCUACAUAUCCUAGCUGACACAUGGCUUCCCUUAGGGGGGGGUUUCCUUGACGGGGUCACAUGCCGCAUAUGAGUAACAGACUGAGGCUGGAAAUUAUGCGAGUAGACCAUCUCCUCUCUCUCACUCCUUUUUUGCACGCGUACACAAUGUUUUUGCUUUGCCUUAUCCAGCAACUCUGUGGCACUUUAGAGCUUUAAAGGUUUGGAGAGAGCAGCACCUAGAAUGAUCCACACCAUCUGCUUUUAAAAAAAAAAAACCCCGGAUGCAACAAUAAACAGAGAGGGAGAAAUUCCUGUUGCACUAACACAGCAAAAACACACAGUGCCUCACAAAAGAAUUCAUGGUGAAGCAAUUUGCUCUCAUUAGAUUGACAGUUUAUGAAACAACAGCAAACCUGCCAAGACAUCUAAAUUGCUUAGACUUAUUUAUUUUAUUUUAUUGAAGAAUGAGCAUUUAGAAAUUGAACCACUUUACUUACAUGCAAAUACUAAUAAGUGUAAAUAAGACACACUGCUAACUGGUACGUUCGAAAAGUAGUCGAAACUCAAAAAUUGCAGCUACAAAUCGUAAGAAUUUGUAGCCUCAAGCAAUGGUUGCUUGGGGGUCGCCAUAUGGGAAUCCGAACAACUCAGAGUAUGUUAAUGGUGUGUUCCAUUUGUAGUCAAAGAUAACAAAUUCCAGCUCUCCAGUUGGAAAGAAAUCACCCAGAAUGCUCCUCAAAGUCGGACUUCCCACUCGGAAAGCCUGAAAGUCAAUUUUGAGAUCCAACAUGGCCGCUCCUAGCAUCAACAAUAGCAAGCUGUGGUGGAAACACAUUUAUUUUAUAACACACACUUGUACUGCGACUAUAAUCAAUGUUACCUGUAGCGAAUGUUACCUGUAUAGAAGAACCAAUUAAAAGUGGUGUUUGCGUGAGGAAGUAUGUCUUAAAAUGAAGUUUGUAAGAGGUGCUACGGACAAUGGUGACUUUGGUGUCGCCAUAUUGGAAUCCCAACUACUCUCACUCCUCCCAGAAUGCUAACAGUGCAUUCUGUUUGUAGCGAGGACUCGGAAAUCAGCUGGAAUGCCCCCGAAAUCGGACUUCCCACUCAAAAAGUCAAAGAAAUCUCAAUCAACAAUUCUGAGAUCAAAUAUGGCCGCUCCCAGGUUCAACAGUGGUAAACUGUGAUGGAAACAUGUUCAUUUUACAAGAGUACAAGUGCAUUUAGAAUGAAUGUUACUCGUAGCUCUGGCAACAAUAAGCUAAACAAAAGUGUUUGCUUAUGGAAAACCAUCUUAAGGUUAAAACGAUCUUCGUAAGAGGUGCUACAAACAGUGGCUACUUGGGCGUCGCCAUAUUGGAAUCCCGACUUCUCCCUGUAUGCUAGCUGGAAUGAUGGUUAACUCGGGUGUGACGUCAUUCCCAGCUCCAACUUCUGAGAUAAAUGGAACCAGCGUAACACUUCUUAUGCCUUGUUUUAACACACCAUUACCAUGUUUUACUCCACAAUUAAACACGGUAAUGGCAGCACUAUGCUGUUUUCUUUUUCAAUGGGAACCAUAAAGAAGGUCAAAGUUGAUGAACAUGGAAGGAGCAAAAUGUAAAUGUAUAUUUAUACAGAUUUUUAAGUGUAUAUGUCAUUUCCUUGUCAAAUAAAAUAAGGAGAUAUAUAAAGGUUGGAAGUCUGAAUAUUUUAAAGAGGUCUGAAUACUUUUGGAAGGUACCUUCUGGGGAAAUUUUCUUCUGUUUUCCUCUAGCAGCCUGGAGGCUUUUUUUUUUAUCCCACAUAUCAAUUUAGCAGCUGCUAAAUACCAAUUUGUAUGAUCAGAAUUCCACCUCUACAACUUCAACAUGUGGUUACAUGUUCUAGGACAGCAAUUUGUGGUUAGAGUGCCAAUAUUUGUCAGUCCUGAUGAAAGAUUUAAACCCAGUGUUGUGGCAUACAGAGAGGGGAUCCCUGUAGCUUCCCUUCCAUGCGCCCCCUAUUGGUGAUAUCCGGAAAAUUGAAAUCCCGGUUUCGUCGACCUCGUUGAACUUCCAGAAAACUGCUAAAAAAAAAAAAAAAAUCAACUGCUCGCUCGCUGUAAAAAUACUUUUAUCAAAUAAAUUGUCAGGUGUUUCUGUUGUCAUAUUCUUCAUUCGUUCGACUGUGAGGAGUAAAAAAAAAAAAAAAGGAAGAAAAAAGAGGAGUGGGUGGAUGGGGGCACAGUCAUUUAAAAAAGGGAAAAAAAACUGAGCAGAGCGCAUGCGCCUGAUUUGAAGAGAAUACGCCAUAUUGAAUUCCCGUAGGAAUCACGGCAUUCUUGCAGCUACGAGGGCCAGUUUAUUAGUGGUCCGAAAUUGAUCUCAUGUUUUUAUUUCGCUUCGUUCUGUGACACCGAAUAGCUCAGCGAGUCUCGUCGGAACCGGUACAGCGACGCAGAUUCAAAACGGACUCGCUGACGACAGGUUACUUGUCGGGGGAGUGGAGGCUGGGGGGGAAGGGGGGUUUACCAGGCAGAGGAGUUGAAUGGAUCCGAGGGUAGCUUGGAUUCAGCCGGAGCAGAAAGGACCUGCGAACGCCUUAUGGAUGCAAAUCUGGGAGACCUCUCAGGGAGUACGGACGCUCUCCGCUCACACUCGGAACCACAGCCGGUGUGUGAGUUAUGCGGCUUUGAUGGCUUUGAAUAAUGUGGCGGCCGCGGCGGCAUCGUGCAAGAGCGCCUGCAGCCCGAGCAACGGGAACGUUACGGGCAGCCUGAGCAACGGCAGCAGCCAUCACAGCAUCAUGAACUGCCCCGCACGCAGCGGAGGCGGCGCGGCCACCUCCACGCAAGGGACGCCGGCGACCAACGGGACCGCACAGAGCUCCCUCCCGAUGGCGAACGAGCCGGGCCGGGCCAAAAUCCCGAGCCCGAAGACGGGCUCCGUCUCCUCGUCGUCCUCGCAGGAGUCGGGGACAGAGAACCCCGUUUCCAGCAGCUCGCUUCUCGAGAGGACUUUGGGUGGCAGCGUGGGGGGCGACUUCAACAAGAACGUCUGCGGCGCCGGUCUGCUCCUCGGCUUGAGCGACGGCGCGGAAAACAACGCGAACCUGUACCAUCAGCGACGUCAGCGCAGCCCGGAGGAGCGUCCGGCUUUUAACUCGCAGCAGAUCUGCGCGAAGCAGCAUCAGGUCCACCACUCUGCCGUUAAUCACACACACAGUCUCCACCCGGGACGGAGGAAAAGUGACAACAAGGCGAGCACCUAUGGGAUGAAUUACCUGUUUUCGAACUGCACUAAUGGGAAUCAUGUGAACAAUUGGACGCCGUGGAAGAAGAGGAAAUACAGCUCAGGAGUGCUUGGACUCCACGAAGAGGUGAUGGACUUUUACAACUUCAUGUCCCCGCGACCUGAAGAGGCAGCUAUGAGGAAGGAGGUGGUGAAGCGAAUAGAGAUGAUCAUCAAGGAGCUGUGGCCUACUGCGGAUGUUCAGAUAUUUGGCAGCUUCAGCACGGGGCUCUACCUUCCAACAAGCGACAUUGACCUGGUGGUGUUAGGGAAGUGGGAGCGCCCUCCGCUGCAAGAGCUAGAGCAAGCUCUUCGGAAACGCAAUGUGGCCGAACCUUUCUCCAUUAAAGUGCUGGACAAGGCUACAGUGCCAAUCAUCAAGCUGACUGACCAAGAGACCGAAGUCAAGGUGGACAUCAGUUUUAACAUGAAAAGCGGGGUGAAGGCGGCGAGCUUCAUUAAAGACUACUUAAAGAAGUAUCCUGUGCUGCCUUACUUGAUCUUUGUGCUGAAGCAGUUUCUGCUGCAGAGAGAUCUAAACGAAGUCUUCACUGGGGGCAUUAGCUCUUACAGCCUCAUCCUUAUGGUCAUCAGUUUCCUGCAGCUCCAUCCACGUAUCAACGCCAGAGACCCCAACCAGAACCUGGGCGUGUUACUGAUCGAAUUCUUCGAGUUGUACGGCCGUCAUUUCAACUACUUGAAAACAGGGAUCCGCAUCUCAAACGGAGGUGCGUACGUUCCCAAAGAGGAAGUGAUGAAGACCAUGACGAACGGAUACACCCCAUCCAUGCUCUGCAUAGAGGACCCACUGCUUCCAGGUAACGACGUGGGGAGGGGCUCCUAUGGUGCCAUGCAAGUCAAGCAGGUGUUUGACUACGCCUACACGGUCCUCGGUCAUGCCGUGACGCCGCUCGCCAAGUCCUACCCCAACAAAGACUGCGAGAGCACGCUGGGGAGGAUAAUAAGAUUAACCCAAGAAGUAAUUGAAUACAGGGAGUGGAUUAUUAAGAAGUGGGGAGGCAAGGAUUCGCCGCAGACGGACAACAGAGCGUCUUCUCCCAAGGAGCCUGUUUCGGAGCAGGAGUCCUGUGUGCUGGGUGGUGGUUUUGUAGGUCCUGAGGAUCAGCAGAGGGACUCUGCUUCACCUCACAGCGCAGACUCUCCCAUGUCCAUCUCCAGCCCCAAGCAGCACUCAUCGGCCUCAUCCGUUUCCUCGCUGUCUGGCUCCGACAACGACUCUGACUCAGCGUUGUCAUACACCCUCCCUCCUCCGACCCUGUCGACGUACGCGUCGUUCCCGGCGCUCGGCCUCGCCCUGCAGUCGAGCGUCCACCUGGGCACCGGAAAGCACACCAUGGGAGGCCAUCUGCUGCUUCCUCCGGGUUCACAGGCUCACGUCUCUCUGCCCAGUGGUCUAGCAAUGCACUCCAUGCCUGGCAGACAGGUGUGUAUGGACACCGGGCUCCCCUCCUUCUACCACAUGCCCCUCCCAGCCCAUGCUCAUACCCCCGCCCCCUCCAGCCCCCAGCCUCCGCUCAGCCCCCACUCCAGCCACACACACAAGAGUGGAACGAAGUUCAACGUGAAGGGCUUCCACAACCCGCCGCCGGUGAACGGAGCCGCCCUGGCUAACCGCGGACACACACACGCGCAGUACCACCGCAACUCGUGGGCACGGCGCAGGAAGAGGGACAGCCUGCCCGUCAGCCUCAGCAGAUAGAAACCACUGCUUCUUCCCCUUUAACCCUUCUCUCCCUCUUUUUUUUGUUUUUUGUUUUUGUCUUAAUUUUAUUUUUUAUUUUUUGGUCUCCCCAACUUGACACCCAUAAACAGGACGGACGGACAGAGGGAGCAGAGACCAGCUGUUUUCACUUUGUUUUCGCGGAGCAGCAUCCCUUUAGAUCCGCAUCCUCCUCUUCUUCGUUUCAGUAUUAUGUUCCUGUCAGUGUUGUCACUUUUUUUUUUUUUUUUUUGUCGUUUCCAUCGGUGACGGCACCACCAGCUUCACUCGACCUCGCUCUCCAGUCCUUGCGGAAAAGCCCCUUGUGGUUUUUUGUUACACUUUUUUUUCUUUUUUUCCCAGCACACUUAAGCCGAUUUUUUUUUGUUUGUUUGUUUGGUGCAAUAAUGUUUUUUCUUUUCAAAAUUAAAGCUGUUAUUUAAUUGUGUGUGUGUAUAUGUAAAGGCAUUUUAUAUUUUUAUUUUUGUAGUUGUAAAAUUUUGUUUACAAAGCGUCUCCCUGGGUGAUAUCUGUGGAGGCUUAGAGCGUGCAUCUCUGUAGGUGAUAAAGUUGGGAUGGACCUGACUUUGAACUUUAAACCCCGCCCCCUCCUCCUUUUCCUUUUUCUUCCAAUGCGUUAAUCUUCUUUAUUUGGCAUCAAUGUGGAGGUCAAAGAAAGCUUUGAUUGCAAUAUUGUCUGUUUUUCAUCCUACUUCUCGUUGAGUUUCAAUCUCGAAGUUUUGUCGAUGUGAUUGUGCAUAUCCUCCUUCCACUAAAUCAUUAGGAUUAGGGAUUAGGAAAUGCUUCAGCUCAGUUUACUUGAAUUUAAAGAUCGAGAGUCUGAGUAAUGGAUAUAAAUCAGUGCAGUCCGACAAUAUUAAGAUGCUCAGCAAUUAGGUUUUCUCCUUUUUGGAACAAAUGGAGGGAGAAAACAAAAAGAAAGAGGAGGUGGGAGGGGGAGACCUGAUGGGAGUUAGUUCUUCCUGAACCAAGAACUCUUAUAUUUUGAUUCCAUCCAGGAAUCUGGUGUAUAUUUAAAUGCCAGGUACUUCCGCUAAUUGUUUGCAAUGCCUUUCUUUGUGUUUACUCAGAGUGUGUGUCCGUUUUCUGCAAACACACACACAGAUACAUAUAUAUAUAUAUAUAUAUAUAUACACACACUCAAACAAGUCUGUGGAAGGCUGAGCAGAACUGGUGUUAUUACUAUGCAAAAGGAUUCGUCUUGAUUAUCGUGUCAACCGUUGUACGUUCCCAUGACUACACCGCUUUCGGACUGACUCUCAGGCUUGAGCCAACUCAUGUGAACUCCACCCCCCUUGCCUCCCCUUUUUUUUAAUUUAUUAUUUUUUUAAUGAAGGCCCUUACGUGUACUGAAGUCUAUAGUUUUCUACAUAUGUCAUAAAUACGGACUGGGGAGAGCGGUGUUUAUGCCAGCGACUAAGUCUUGGGUUGGUGUAGUGUGUGACGUAGUAAAAAAAAAAAUAUAUGUGUGAGAAAUUGAGAAUUUGUGUCUUGCCAACGCAGGUUUUUAAUCAGAAAAAAAAAAUAUUAAAAUUACAAAAAAACAAACAACAAAAAAAAAAAAUGCCUGACGGUUCAUGAGCGGUGGUGCGCCCGGAGAGCGGCUUGCUCUCUGCCGGCUGCACUUUCAACAAAAGGGGGCGCCAAAGUGUCCGAAAAACAAUUCUUGAGUUUUUACUGAGAUUUUUUUUCCUUGAGCUCUGUUGAAACUAUUUAUUUAUAUGUUCUUGUUUCAAAGAAAGCUCAGCAACUCUACUCUGUCAGUCAAAACUGCACCUGGCGUCCUAUUUUUGUUAAAUUUAACCAAAAGUUUAAAGGGAAAAAAAAAAAAAUCACAAUGGGUUUUUUGUCAUGCAUUGAGGGUGGAAAUCGAAGGUGGUUCAGAUGUGUUUGGCUACAGAUGACCUAGCUAGAGAUAAAGUGGACAUGAUUGACUAGUCCACGCUGAACCUGGAAUGAAAUCGGUGAAGGAAGGCGCCUUCGCUGGGUUAGAGUUGUGAGUUAUCUCUGGAAGUCUGUAUGGAUUCAGAUUCUGUGCGUCUCAGCGGUCCAAGGAGACUUGCUCUUCUGCGCUUCCCUCCUCCUCACCUCAGAGGUGGUCGGUAGAACGGUUCUAACGAGUCUCGUUCAGAUCUUUCCUCAUCGUUCUCACUUGUUCAGAUUGGUGUCUUAAGAGAAAAGGCGAGCAGGAAUGAAGAGGCACGGAGCGUCGCCUGGGUCGCUGAGAUUUACACGUUGAUGCAAUGUAAUAUUCCCCGUACCCCCAUUGGGACACAAUGAGGGAUUUUAAACUGGUGACCUGCAGCCCAUCACUAACCUCGUCAGUUCAUGUCACCCUCCGAUUGGACACUCGUCUAUCAGUGACCAGAGGGAACCAUUGCCAAGCUUUUCUCUCUUUUUUUUUUUUGUUGACAUUUUUAUGUAAAUAUAUUUUUUUCUAUUUUAUUUUUUAAAUAAAUAUUUUAAAACUGCCA